AUGUACAACAUCACCUCUGUUCCUCAGGUGAACUUGAACAACCGUACCUUUCCGGUCGAUGUCGGGUGCAUUGUGGGCGGCAGCUCAGCUGUCAAUGCUCAGGGGUUUCAGCGAGGGACCAAGCGUGACUACAACAACUGGUCUGCACCUCUUGUUGAACACAAUCCGCACUCAUUUGGCCUGGUCCCAGUUCCGAUCUAUCAAGCCCUGCGUGGAUAUCCUGGUGUGGAAAUCCCCAUCGACCAUUCGGUUGGCACCCUCGGACUAGCCUGGACACCAAGAUCAAUGGAACCGAUCUCUUUCAACCGGUCAUAUUCUCGAAGUGGACACUAUGACGGCCUUAACAGGGACAAUUACCACCUGCUCACCGCUACCAGGGUCGAAAAGGUUGUGUUCAAGGGCAAGACAGCAGAAGGUGUGGAGAUCUCCCCUCGCUGGGCUGAAGCACACGAGGGCAAAGGCAAGGGGAAGGGCAAAAUUAAUCGGAAAGGGAGUGGUAAGAGGGUUAUCAGAGCUCGGAAAGAGAUCGUCCUCUCCGCUGGAGCCAUCCACACCCCCCAGAUCCUCCAGUUGAGUGGCAUUGGCCCUGCUUCUCUUCUCAAGCAAGCGAAGAUUCCCGUCAUAGUCGACCUUCCCGGUGUUGGCGCUAAUUUGCAAGACCACGCUUACCAGCCGGCAGUUCAGUUCAACUGUAUGUUCCGUCUUUCAUCCCCUCCGAUGAAGCUAACAAUCCCAGGGACAACCCCCCCACCCUACCCAGAAGUAAACACCACCCUCCCCCCCAUCGAAGCCUUCCUCUUCGGCCCCGGCCUCAACCUCAUGCUCGGCCUCCCAGGCAUCUCCCCUACCCGGUACCAAUCCCUUGCCGCUUCCUACCUCUCCCAGUCCCCCUCCGAGUUCCUCCCGAAACACAUCCACCCCACCAUCAUCGCCGGCUACGCCCAACAACAACGUCUCUACGCCGCAGGCAUGUUAGACAAAAACUUUGCCUUCUCCGCCACCGGCGUCGGCGCCCUACCCGUUGCUGCUCCUCAGCUCAUGCACGGCCUAUCUCGCGGCACCGUCACUCUCAACCUCUCCUCUCCGCUGUCAGAACCGAUAGUUGACUACCGUUUUGCUUCCAACCCGAUUGAUCUUGACAUUGUGGCUGAAAACAUAAAGUUCUAUCGAAGGUUUUACACCGGUCCGGAUAGUACACUGAGGCAGUACGUUGAUUUGACUUUGGGGGAAAGCCAGCCUGGUAAGGGGUACCAGUCUGAUGAGGGGCUGAAGGGGUGGUUGAGAGAGAACUUGGUGCCGAGUGUGUAUCACCCAAGUGGGACAGCCGCGAAAAUGGCGAGGGAGUGGGGGGGUGUGGUGAAUGAAGGGUUGGAGGUAUAUGGAGUGAAGGGGUUGAGUGUGGUGGAUACGAGUAUUUUUCCUACUAUUCCAGGGGCGGCGACGAGUAUGACUGUUUAUGCUGUUGCUGAGAAGGUAUGUGUCUUAUUGCUGCUGUCGCGACGGUGUGCUGACGAGUUGGUAGGCUGCCGAUCUGAUCAAGGCGAGGGCUGUAGUUGUUGUAGGCUUUUGAAGAUAACGUUAAGGCAGUUGAGAGGCUUGAAAAGGCAUUUGAGAGUUUUGAGAGCAACGGGCGAGAUGUGUCAACAAAUCACUUGA